AUGGGGGCGGAAGAGGCCAAGGUCACCCUGGUACUGGGACCCAGAAUCAGCUGCCGACCAUGGCUGCCUUCUGACCCCGUCCCCGGCCUCAGCCUCCUCCUCGCCGCCCCCUCCCCAGCCCCUGGCCCCGGGCCCCCCACUUCUGCCUGCGCUGUGACCCCCCCAGCCGCCGGCACGGCCCCGCCCCCGCUGCCCCGGUGGUGGCCCACGGCCCCCCGGCUGCCCGUGGUCAAACUGGAGUCGCUGAAGCGCUGGAACGAAGAGAGGGGCCUCUGGUGCGAGAAGGGGGUGCAGGUGUUGCUCACCACGGUGGGCGCCUUCGCAGCCUUCGGCCUCAUGACCAUUGCCAUCAGCACGGACUACUGGCUCUACACGCGCGCCUUCAUCUGCAACACCACCAACCUCACGGCUGGCGACGACGGGCCCCACCACCGCGGGGGCAGUGGCUCCUCGGAGAAGAAGGACCCCGGCGGACUCACCCACUCGGGCCUCUGGAGGAUCUGCUGCCUGGAAGGGUUGAAAAGAGGCGUCUGCGUGAAGAUCAACCAUUUCCCGGAGGACACGGACUACGACCAUGACAGCGCGGAGUAUCUGCUCCGAGUCGUCCGGGCCUCCAGCAUUUUCCCCAUCCUCAGCGCCAUCCUGCUGCUGCUCGGGGGCGUGUGCGUGGCGGCCUCCCGGGUCUACAAGUCCAAGAGGAACAUCAUUCUGGGAGCAGGGAUCCUGUUCGUGGCAGCAGGCCUGAGCAACAUCAUCGGCGUGAUCGUGUACAUCUCGGCCAACGCGGGCGAGCCGGGCCCGAAGCGGGACGAGGAGAAGAAGAACCAUUACUCGUACGGCUGGUCCUUCUACUUCGGCGGGCUGUCGUUCAUCCUGGCCGAGGUGAUCGGCGUGCUGGCCGUCAACAUCUACAUCGAGCGCAGCCGCGAGGCGCACUGCCAGUCUCGCUCGGACCUGCUCAAGGCCGGCGGGGGCGCGGGCGGCAGUGGCGGGAGCGGCCCCUCGGCCAUCCUCCGUCUGCCCAGUUACCGCUUCCGCUACCGCCGCCGCUCCCGCUCUAGCUCCCGCUCCAGCGAGCCGUCGCCGUCGCGGGACGCGUCUCCCGGCGGCGCCGGGGGCCCGGGCUUCGCCUCCACGGACAUCUCCAUGUACACGCUCAGCCGCGACCCGUCCAAGGGCAGCGUGGCCGCGGGGCUGGCUAGCGCCGGUGCCGGCGGCGGGGCGUACGGCGGCGCGGCGGGGGGCGCCGGGGGCGGCGGCGGCGGCGGCGGCGGGGCGGGCUCAGAGCGGGACCGCGGGGGGGCGUCCGGCUUCCUCACGCUGCACAACGCCUUCCCCAAGGAGGCGGGCGGCGGCGUCACGGUCACGGUCACCGGGCCGCCCGCCGCGCCUGCGCCCGCCGCGCCCGCGCCCGCCGCGCCAGCCCCCGGGACCCUGGCCAAGGAGGCAGCCGCCUCCAACGGCAACACGCUCAACAGGAAAACCACACCCGUGUAG